AUGGGGAAGAGGGUGGCCAUCGUCGGGAGCGGGUGCUCGGGCGUCGCGGCCCUCUGGGCGCUGGACACGAGUACGGACCAUCAAGUCCACCUGUUCGAGGCCGAGUCGCGACUCGGCGGGCACACCAACACGGUCAGGUUCGAGGCGCCGUCGGCGGACGGUGGCGGCGCGCCCGGGACCCCCGUCGACGUCGACACCGGCUUCAUCGUCAUGAACAGCGCGACCUACCCCAACUUUGUACGAUUUUUGGACCAAGUCGGGGUCUCGACGAGGAGGACGGAGAUGACGUUCGGGGUCUCCCGCGACCAGGGCGGCUUCGAGUGGGCCGGGACCUCUCUCGGUUCCGUCUUUGCCCAGACCAAAAACGUCUUCAGCCCUGGAAUGUGGAGGAUGAUAUUCGACAUUGUCCGCUUCAACGAGUUCGCCUUGGACCUCCUUCAGGCCGAGUCCGAUGACGAUGAAGAGAGCGAGGACGAAAAUCAAUCUACAGACGAAGUGCGAACAGCAACCAAGACCACCAAGACCAAGCAGGUGGCGGCAGCCCAAGAAAGUAUCGGUGAUUAUCUCGACAGAGAAAACUACUCCCGGGAAUUCCGGGACGACUACCUGAUCCCCAUGACGGCCGCCGUCUGGAGUACGAGCCCGGAUAAAUGCUCCCUGGAGUUCCCCGCCGUCACGUUGGUCCGCUUCAUGUACAACCACCACCUCUUGAGCACCGUCGCCAAACGCCCAGACUGGAUGACCAUACCGGGAGGGUCGAGGCGCUACCUCGACGCCGUGCUCCGAGGCUUCGACAGGAGCCGUAUACACGUCAAGAGCAAGGUGACGGCGGUACGGCCACUGGACGGGAGGGUCGUGCUCACCACCAACGGGAGGGAUCAUGAAUUCGACCACGUCAUCCUCGCGACCCACGGUGAUCAAGCGCUGGAGAUACUGAAGUCUGCGGCGACGGAGGAAGAGGUCGGCAUACUCUCUGGGUUCCAGACGAGUAGAAAUGUUGCGGUCCUCCACUCGGACCUCGCUUUGAUGCCAAAGAGACGUAUAGCAUGGUCCGCCUGGAACUAUAUCACAGAAUCCCCCUUCCCUCCCACCAACAGCCAGAACGUCUCAAAGGUAUGCCUGACGUACUGGAUGAACCUGUUGCAACACAUACCAGAAGACGAAUAUGGCCCGGUAUUGGUAACACUGAAUCCACUGAACAUGCCGGAGCCUCGGCUGGCCCAAGGUAUCUGGGAGUAUUCUCAUCCCCUGUACAACGCCACCGCCAUCAGGUCCCAGAAACUGUUGCCGCGCAUUCAGAACACCAGGAACAUCAGUUACUGUGGAGCUUGGACGAAAUACGGCUUUCACGAGGAUGGAUUCAGCAGCGGUCUGUCAGUGGCUGUCGACCACUUGGGCGCUCGACCCCCCUUUGACUUCGUCGAUUCGACAUUUUCCAGAGGUUCGAGGCCUGCCUUGACGUGGAAGAACUACGUAUCGAGAUCGUUGAUUUUGAGCGUACAGAUAGCAAUGUUGCUCGUUGGAAACGCAUGUACCGCAUUGGCCGCAAUGCUCGACCGACGGAUAGCUUCACGGCGAAAGACUGCUUGAGCAAUCUUCAGCCAGCAGAGAUCGAAAGAUCUGCCACACGGCUCGUCAAGGCCGUGCUCUCUUGCUGGUCCCCAUUGCUUAUUUCGAUAGCGUUGCGAGGUCGACUUUUGUUGAGACCCUCAAGUAAGGUACAUGCUUUGCAGAUCCUCUGGCUCGAUAGGUAGCCACAUUUUUCACACUGGCCCAUGACUUGCUUGACGAUCUUUCGACGCUGUCGCUUCG